AUGAAUAAAGCAGCAACAGUAAGUGUAGAAAAAAAUUAUUUUGAUACCAGCUUUUCAUUUCUCUUGGGAAAAUACCACGGAGUACAGUUGUUGGAUAUGGAAAGAAUUACCAGCUACUGCCUUGAUCACAGUUCUGAAGUGGGAAAAGAACCACAACCCCAGAUAUCAGCAAGACCAAGCUGCAAAACAGCUAAGAGGCGACGACAGGCUUCCUUAGGCAGUCUGGAUUUUAUACUUGAGGGCAGUGUUGUUUCACGUUCUGUGGCCUUUUGGGUAGUAGACACAUGGAAGUUCAAGUCCCAAGAAAAGAUGAAGGAGAUGUUUAAAAUCAAUCAGUUCAAUUUAAUGGCAAGUGAGAUGAUUGCACUCAACAGAUCUUUACCAGAUGUUAGGCUAGAAGGGUGUAAAACAAAGGUGUAUCCAGAUAAUCUUCCUACAACAAGUGUGGUGAUUGUUUUCCACAAUGAGGCUUGGAGCACACUUCUACGAACUGUUCAUAGUGUCAUUAAUCGCUCACCAAGACACAUGAUAGAAGAAAUUGUUCUAGUAGAUGAUGCCAGUUAAAGAGAUUUUGUGAAAAGACCCCUAGAGAGUUAUGUGAAAAAAUUAAAAGUCCCAGUUCAUGUAAUUCGAAUGGAACAACGUUCUGGACUGAUCAGAGCUAGGUUAAAAGGAGCUGCUGUGUCAAAAGGCCAAGUGAUCACCUUUUUGGAUGCUCAUUGUGAGUGCACAGUGGGGUGGCUGGAGCCUCUCUUAGCCAGGAUCAAACAUGACAGGAGAACAGUAGUCUGCCCUAUCAUUGAUGUUAUCAGCGAUGAUACUUUUGAAUACAUGGCAGGCUCUGAUAUGACCUAUGGUGGGUUCAACUGGAAGCUCAAUUUCCGCUGGUAUCCUGUUCCCCAAAGAGAAAUGGAUAGAAGGAAAGGUGAUCGAACUCUUCCUGUCAGAACACCUACAAUGGCAGGAGGCCUUUUUUCAAUAGACAGAGAUUACUUUCAGGAAAUUGGCACAUAUGAUGCUGGAAUGGAUAUUUGGGGAGGAGAAAGCCUAGAAAUUUCCUUUAGGAUUUGGCAGUGUGGAGGAACUUUGGAAAUUGUUACAUGCUCACAUGUUGGACAUGUGUUUCAGAAAGCUACACCUUACACGUUUCCAGGAGGCACGGGGCAGAUUAUCAAUAAAAAUAACAGACGACUUGCAGAAGUGUGGAUGGAUGAAUUCAAGAAUUUUUUCUAUAUAAUCUCUCCAGGUGUUACAAAGGUAGAUUAUGGAGAUAUAUCAUCGAGACUUGGUCUGAGACACAAGCUACAGUGCAAACCUUUCUCUUGGUACCUAGAGAAUAUUUAUCCUGAUUCUCAAAUUCCAUGUCACUAUUUCUCAUUGGGAGAGAUUCGAAAUGUAGAAACAAAUCAGUGUCUUGAUAACAUGGCCAGAAAAGAGAAUGAAAAAGUUGGAAUUUUUAAUUGUCAUGGUAUGGGAGGUAAUCAGGUUUUCUCGUAUACUGCCAACAAAGAAAUUAGAACAGAUGACCUUUGCUUGGAUGUUUCCAAACUUCAUGGCCCAGUCACGAUGCUCAAAUGCCACCACCUAAAAGGCACCCAGCUCUGGGAGUAUGACCCAGUGAAGUUAACCUUACGGCAUGUGAACAGUAAUCAGUGCCUGGACAAAGCCACCGAAGAGGAUAGCCAGGUGCCCAGCAUUAGAGACUGCAGUGGAAGCCGGUCACAGCAGUGGCUUCUUCGAAACGUCACACUUCCAGAAAUAUUCUGAGACCAAAUUUACAAAAAAAGAAAAAAUAAUGAGACUGGGCUACCUCAGCAUACAUUUCUGCCACACUCUUCAAGUAGCAAAAAAAAAAAAAAAAAAAAAAAAAAAAAAAAAGGAAAAGUGCUUUCCUCUUCUGCAGGAUGUAAGGUUUACCAGCCAUUAAAACUUAGACUCUUCUAGCUUUUCAC